UAAAUGAAUACUGCAAUACCCAAAACCCAAAACCUCACUCCGUUUCUCCUACCGGGCGCAAAAUUACCGGCCCUUCUCCAUGACUGUGGACAAGGCAAAGCUGCAGGAGGAAAUUUCAAUCAGCCGUUUUUGCAGAAUCGUACUUGGUUGGGACUAUUUUCGACUCCUCAAGGAAUCAGAUAAAAGAAAUAGCAAAAAGGGGUCUAAUGCAGCUUGUUUGGAUUUAAAAGAGGUGAAGAACAGCUACAUAGAUGUUGAUGAUUAUCUUUCAACUUUUGAGCCGCUUUUGUUUGAAGAAGUAAAGGCUCAGAUUAUUCAGAAGAAAGAUGAGGAAGAGGUGAGAGAGUGGAAGCUUAGGCUAGUGGUUGAAUGCAAUGAGGCUGAUGGUUUCCACUUACCAUCGGUUACCUAUGAUCCCAAUGAUGAGGAUGAACAACGGAUAUCACAGAAUGAUCUCUUACUUCUUUCAAAGGAGGAGUUCAAAGAGGGAGCAACCAUCCCUGAGACGUAUGCAUUUGCUUUGGUGGAUCAUCGCCAGUCGGAUCGCCUUAGGCUUAGGAUGUACCUAGCCGGAGAGGUCAUGAAUGUAAGAGCAGAUGCCUUUGGAUCAAGUACAAGGCUGUUAAAUAUGUGGUCUCUAAUUACUUCUCCAGCCAAAGUAGUGGAUAAGCGUUUGUUCUGUCUUAAGAUUUGCAGUUUGUCAACAAUUGCUCGUGAAUAUAUUGCUUUACGGUCAAUUGAGUCUCUUCCAUUCAAGGAUUUAAUAUUAACGGCUGCUGAAAAGAAUUUUAGAUCUGAUGAUCAGGCCUGGAGAAUUUCUGGACCUCUUCAUGACUAUAUUCAUGAAAACCUGAAUGAGUCUCAAGAAGAAGCGAUACAGGCUGGUUUAUCACGUAAACCCUUUGUCCUAAUACAGGGCCCUCCAGGUACUGGGAAGACUCAGACCAUUCUUGCACUUCUUAGUGCCAUCUUACAUGCAACUCCAUCAAGAGUGCACAUCAAGGGUGGAUUACGGGAAGUGAAACGUGGACCAGAACUACCUCUUCAAGAGAAAUGCAAGCAUUGGGAACGAGCGUCUCCUUGGUUAACUGGUUCUAAUCCUCGAGAUGAUAUUAUGCCUGAGGAUGGGGAUGAUGGUUUUUUCCCAACCACUGGGAAUGAUAUGAAACCAGAAGUUGUUGAUUCGGGUCGCAAGUAUCGUGUAAAAGUGCUGGUAUGUGCUCCUUCAAACUCCGCACUUGAUGAAAUUGUGUUGCGUCUUCUUCAGAAUGGUGUUCGUGAUGAGAAUGUUCACAUUUAUAACCCUAAAAUUGUGCGCAUUGGUCUCAAAGCUCACCAUUCUGUCAAGUCGGUCGCAAUGGAUGACCUUGUGAAGCAAAAACUUGGUGAUUCAUCUAGUAAUAAACAGAAACAUGGAUCCGCUGGAGGAGAUUCAGAAGGUAUCCGCGCUGCAGUUCUGGAUGAGGCUGCCAUUGUCUGCUCCACCCUUAGCUUCAGUGGCUCAGUACUGUUUAGUAAACUGAGUCGUGGUUUUGAUGUUGUUAUAAUUGAUGAAGCUGCCCAAGCUGUGGAACCGGCCACUCUCGUUCCUCUGGCCAAUGGAUGCAAACAAGUAUUUCUGGUCGGUGAUCCUGUUCAGCUUCCGGCCACUGUGAUUUCAUCCGUCGCUGAAAAAUAUGGUUACGGCACAAGUUUGUUCAAGAGAUUGCAAAGAGCUGGUUAUCCUGUAAAUAUGCUGAAGAUGCAGUACAGAAUGCAUCCAGAGAUAAGACACUUUCCUUCGAAGGAGUUCUAUGAUGAGGCACUGAUGGAUGGGCCUGAUCUUGAGAGUCGAACAAAGCGUGACUGGCAUGAGUACCGCUGCUUUGGGCCCUUCUGCUUCUUUGAUAUAUAUGAAGGGAAAGAGAGCCAACCCUCAGGAAGUGGAUCUUGGGUGAAUACUGAUGAGGUUGACUUUGUUCUCCACAUGUAUCGGAAACUGGUGACCAUGUAUCCAGAGCUAAAGUCAAGUUCUGAGCUUGCAAUUAUAUCCCCAUACAGGCAUCAAGUCAAGCUCUUCCGAGAUCGAUUUAAAGAAGCUUUUGGGGUGGAAUCGGAUAAACUAGUGGACAUUAAUACUGUGGACGGUUUCCAGGGUCGAGAAAAGGACUUGGCCAUAUUUUCAUGUGUUAGGGCCAAUAAGGACAGAGGUAUUGGUUUUGUUUCUGAUUUUCGGAGAAUGAAUGUUGGAAUUACCCGGGCAAAGUCUUCUGUGCUGGUGGUUGGAUCUGCAUCAACAUUGAGAAAUGAUGGGCACUGGAACAACUUGGUAGAAAGUGCUGAGAAGAGGAAUGUUUUAUUUAAGGUCUCCAAGCCCUAUGCAUCAUUUUUCAGUGAUGAAAAUAUGAAAGCUAUGGAGGUGGCUAAGGAUAGAAAAGAGCCAGAGGAGAUUCGGGCCCCUGUUGUGGUUAUAUCCAAUGAGCCAGCAGUUGAUACUGAGCAAGGGCCAGCAGAAGACCAUGAUUAUAUGGACAUGGAUGGAGGUGGCUUUGAUGAGGACUAAACCCUAAUGAUAUCGGUGCACCAUGCCUUAAAAAAACAUUACCAUCUCUAACUAGUAUUUUUUUGCCAAGUUUUUAUGUAAUUCUUUAUCAUGUGUGUACUAUAUUAUUAUUAUCUAAUUUAUUUAUAUAUCAAUAGAAGAAUGUCGUCUACUUUAGUCUUU